UCUGUGUUUGUGUGCGUUAUGGAUAUGAAAUCGCAGGAAUAUAUAACCGUCCUGUAUAAUGUUUUAAACAUUGACGUGGCUGUAGGCGGCGCGAGCGGCUGUCAACGUCACCCGACGUCGUGACGUCACACGCAGCACCCAAAAUGGCGGAACAACAAGAGAGCAGAGCACCGGACGUUGAAGAUGAGGCGAACGAGAUGCUGGAUCUGACCGCAUGUGUCCGGACGCAGCAGUGGUGGAGCACCGUGUUCGGACGCAGCUCUGGACCCAUCGCACACAAACACUCAGUGACCACACAGAUCCUGAUGGGUGGAGCGGCCGGCUGGUGUGUGGGGUAUCUGUUCCAGCGUGUGGGGAAGAUCACAGCUACGGCCGUCGGAGGAGGAUUUCUGCUGCUGCAGAUAGCCAAUCACAGCGGAUACGUCCAAGUCGACUGGAAGAAAGUGGAGAAAGAUGUUAACAAAGCAAAGAGACAUCUGAAGAAAAACACCAGUAAAGCUGCACCUGAGAUCAACACGUUCAUUGAGGAGGCCACUGAAUUUGUGAAGAAAAACAUAGUGGUUUCGAGUGGAUUCAUCGGUGGCUUCCUGCUUGGCCUCGCCUCUUGAGCUGAAACUGUGAAGACCGUCUUCCCAUCAUACACCUGAUGAUCGUCUGGCUUCUUCAAUCACAAAGUGUUUGAUGUGGAAGUGAAAGUGAUCUUGUUCUCUCCACCAAGAGUCAGUCUUAAACACCUGCUUCUGAAAACUCAAUCAGAUGGAAGAUAAUUAUUCUCUGCUAAUGCUGCAGGUUUUGUGAUCUUGUGUUUCGUAAUACAUUGGGAUUUUAUGUUAUUUACUUUCCAGCAGAUUUAUUUUUGUUCACUCGCUGUUUCUUUAUGGGAAAUGUUUACAUUGUAAAUAAAAAUCACUUCCGAUUCAA